CCGAACCACUACAGCAUUAACGGUGCAUCAAAGUCAAAAAGAAAACAAACAUGAUUAACAAGAAUGCUUUAACUUGUUAACUUGUGUAUCUGCAAGUGGAGGCGCAUUGAUAAGGCGACAUUUAGGUCAAGAAUUUAAUUACAAUGACGGGAGUGCAGUGGGAAUGCACUUCACACUCGGCAAAAUAGCAUACAUGUAUGCUGCAUGUGUGUGGAGAAUCCAAUCCACAUUCUGGAGACAUAUUCCCGUGUUGUGUCGCACAGUUUAGGUGGCAAACAGCACACAAUUAAACAACAAAGCAUAUAAGGAGCUGCUGUUCGGGCUCUUUUGUGAUAAGCUGGAUCGCGCUGUGAACUUGGGGCCGCUGCAAGUCAAUCGUUCUCGUACUUAAUGUUGAUAAGAGCCUCGCUGCCGCCUGCCUGCCUGCUGAGUUUCGUUUGUUCCACGCUAGUAGGAGGUAGGUGCAAUCAGUUGAGUGGAGUAUUCCGAAAGCAAUUAGCCACUUGCCGCGUUUGUGUGUAUCCCACCUUCUGUUCCCGCACAAGCCAGGACUUAUUCAUCGCACAUAAUUCAGAAUGUACAUAGCGUCGAGCGUCUUUUUGGGGACUUUUCUCCUUCUGCUGCUGCUGCACGGCGGAAUGGGACUCGACAAUGGACUGGCACUCACGCCACCAAUGGGCUGGAUGUCCUGGGAGCGUUUCCGCUGCCUAACAGAUUGUAAGCUGUAUCCAAACGAGUGCAUAAGUGAGGAGCUGUUCCGGCGGCAUGCGGAUUUGCUGGUGUCCGAGGGCUAUGCCGAUGCUGGCUACGAGUACAUCAUCAUCGAUGACUGCUGGCUGGAGAAGAACCGCGACAACAAGACCAAGAAAUUAGUUGCAGACAAGAAGCGAUUCCCCAACGGACUGAAUCCUCUUGCAGAUCAUAUACACAAUAUUGGACUGAAGUUCGGCUUGUACCAGGACUACGGCACGAACACCUGCGCUGGUUUUCCUGGAGUCAUAAAGCACAUGCAACUGGAUGCCCAGACCUUUGCCGACUGGGACGUUGACUAUGUCAAGCUGGAUGGCUGCUAUGCCAACAUCAGCGAUAUGGCCGUGGGAUACCCAGAGUUCGGACGUCUGCUCAACGCGACUGGCCGCCCGAUGGUCUAUUCCUGCAGCUGGCCCGCCUACCAGGAGGAUGCUGGAGAAAUGCCCGACUAUACGUCCUUGAAGCAGCACUGCAACCUGUGGCGCAACUGGGACGACAUCGACGAUUCGCUCGAGUCUGUGGCACAGAUUAUGGACUACUUUGGCAAGAACCAGGAUAGGAUCCAACCACAUGCUGGGCCAGGCCACUGGAACGAUCCCGAUAUGCUACUGCUGGGCAACUACGGACUGAGCUACGAUCAAAGUAAGCUGCAAAUGGCCAUUUGGUCCGUUAUGGCAGCGCCGCUGAUCAUGUCCAACGAUUUGGCCGUGGUGCGUCCAGAAAUCAAGGAUAUUCUGCAGAAUCGUAAAGUGAUUGCUGUGGAUCAAGAUGAGUUGGGCAUCCAGGGCCGUCGUAUCCUGUCAAAAAAUCAGAUCGAAGUCUGGAGCAGACCCAUCACGCCGGUGGUCAGCAAUAACCAGCACUCUUAUGCCGUGGCCUUUGUCAGCCGACGCGCUGAUGGUGCUCCCUACAGAAUCGUAUUCACACUCAAGGAGCUCGAACUACACAAUACCGCAGGCUACGAUGUACAGGACCUCUACGAUGACAAAAAUCACUUGGGCGUCUUCCGCCCAGCCAACCAGUUUAUCACGCGCGUUAAUCCGAAUGGUGUAACUUUCUAUAAGUUUACAGCACUCUGAACGGGUUUGCCUCUGGCCCUUUGAUGAUAUGCAAAUCAUUCAAUUGCUGAGCCAUAUCUGCCAUCCAGCUGCUUCCAAUAUGCUCUUAUACCAAUGUUUUCAAAAAUGCUUAUUUUCUUUGCGAUGGAAGAAGAGAAUUAAAUUAAUUUUGAUAAUGAAAAUCAGGUAUGAAACCAUAAAAGGGUGCACAACCACCCUUUGCCUUUUCUACAUUGAUAUUCCAUUAUAGAGUUUACAUUUGUUAAUUGAUUAAUACCAUUAAAAAGAUGCGCUACUGCGUUCUAAUACGCUGUUGUUCUGGGCGCAUUUAACAUGCUA